AGCCAAGCCAAAGAAGACUAGUAGCUAGUACACCUUAGUUGAGUGAGUGAUAGAGAGAGUGAGAGAGAAGAGACAAGAGAAAAGAAAGAGAGAGACAGAGAGAUGGGUGGUGAAAGAAGCAGCAGGCAUGGGCAAGGAAGGGAGAGGAGGUCAUCAUCCUUCUUCUCCAUCUUCAAUGUAUUCAAGUCCAGUAGGGGGAUGAGGUCAGGUGGUGAUGAAGGAGAAGAAGAUAUGUGGGACGAAGCAGUGAACGUGAGAAGGGUUAGAACCAGUGACGAAGACAAAGACUGUUGGGUUGCUGAACCUGACAUUGAUAGGAAGGCCUCAGCUUUCAUAGCCAGAUUCUAUGAGUGUCGUGUCUCCAACUCUGAAAUUCAAACCAUAUCUCCCUAUGACUUGGCUAAUGAUGCACACCAUUGAAUUGAUUAUUAAGAUUUGUUCAUUUUCAUUAUCAUUAGAGAGAAGUAAUUGCUUCUGUAUUAUAUUAACUACUUAUUAGUUGGUCAAUAUUCAUUAGGUA